AUGUCUCUCUUUUCACUCGCCAAGAAAACCGCCGUCAUCACCGGAGGAAGUGGUGGUCUGGGUAUCGCAGCUGCCAAGCAGCUUCUUCGAGCCGGAGCCUCUGUUGCUCUGGUCGACAACAACCUGCCUCGAAUCCAGCCUGCUGCCGAGCAGCUUCUAGAGUGGUACAAGACCGCCAACGAGGCUCAUCAUAACGUCCGACCAACCCCCAUCUAUGCCUCUCCUACUGGCACACACAAGGUUUCUGAAACAGAAACAGAAUCAACAACUGGGGGCUUGAACGAGCACUCUCCACACGAUAUCACCAAGCCUGACAUCUCUCUGGAUGCUUCUGCAGACUCCAGUCAGUCGUCUGUUGCCCACGACGCUGCUCGAGCCCACGAAGCUGCAGGAAUACCUCCUGGAAAGGGCAAGAACUUUCCCCAGCAACGAAUCUCUGCCUGGGCAUGCGAUGUAUCUGACGUCCACCAGGUCUCCGAUACCGUCAAGGCCAUUCGAGAGCACCACAAGAGCCCCCUCGAUAUUUUGGUCAACUGUGCCGGAUUCUGCGAGAAUAUGACUGCCUUUGAUUAUCCCAACCCCCAGGUCAAGCGACUGCUGGACGUCAACCUCAUGGGAUCCUACAACUUCGCUACCGAGGUGGCCAAGUCGCUUGUCCUGGACGAGUCUCCUGGAUCUCUGAUUCUGGUUGCAUCCAUGAGUGGCUCCAUUGUCAACGACCCCCAGCCCCAGACCCCCUACAACAUGUCCAAGGCAGGUGUCAUCCACAUGGCCAAGUCUCUGGCUGCCGAGUGGGCCCAGUACAACAUCCGAGUCAACACUCUGUCUCCCGGCUACAUUCUUACUCCUCUGACCCGUCACAUCAUCGAGACUGACGGAGAGCUCCGAAACGACUGGGAGCGACGAAUUCCUUUCCGACGAAUGGCUGAGCCCGAGGAGUUUGGAGGCCCUAUUGUCUUCAUGGCUUCCGACGCCUCCAGCUACAUGACCGGCCACGAUCUCAUUGUCGAUGGAGGUUACACCAUCUGGUAA